GGUUGCUCCAGCCAUGGAGCCUGGGUGGUCCCUCAGCUUGCUGCUGCUGCUGCUGCUGCUGCUGCAGGAGACUCUGCCACACGUUAUUGGACAGUCUGCAAAGAGUAAGCAUCCAAAAGAACAUGGGGAAAACAAGGUUUUUAACAAAAAAGUAAAACCCAAAACUCCCAAAAUGAAGGAGAGAGAAUCUGCUGACUCCUCUUUGAAGUCCCAGUCCAUACUGACACAGGUGAUGGAUAAAGGUCGUUUCCAGAAACUGGCUGCCACUUUAACCCUGUCUGCAGGACAAAGCAUAGAACUGCGAUGUAAGGGGAGUAAUGUUGUUUGGAACUACCCUUCAUACUUAGACACCUUUAAAGACUCCAGACUCAGUAUAAAGCAGCUUGACAGGUAUGGUCAGCUGAUCCUGGCAAACACCACUGCAGCAGACACAGGUGAAUACAGCUGCUGGCUUCAGCUGUGCAACGGUAACAAAUGCAGGAAGGACGAGACUAAAACAGGCUCAACGUACAUCUUUUUCGCAGACAAAGAGGAACUUUUUGUGCCUACUCCCCAUUAUUUUGAGAUUGUCUACCUGAACCCGGAUAAACCUGCAGUCGUCCCAUGCCGCGUUACUACUCCUUCAGCGAAAGUAACUUUACACAGGGAAUUUCCAGCAGAAGAAAUUGAAACAGAUGGAACUGAUAUUAUUUAUGAUGCAAAAAAGGGUUUUGUCUACCAGCACCCUACUUUUGAUGAUAAGGGCAUUGUCUACUGCAAAGCAGAGUCACAGGGAGCACCUCAGAUUUCCAUCAAAUAUCACCUAUUGUAUGUGGAAGUUCCCAAGGGCCCACCCUCAACCACAAUUGAGGCGUCAUCCAAUAGAGCCAAACUCGGUGACCGUGUUGUUGUGAUCUGCACAGUCCCUGGGGAUCCAGAUGUAGAUGUGCACUUCACGUGGCAGUACCCAGGGCAAGAGUUUGAGUUGCCUGUGAUUAUUAAAAACUUCUCAAGAUUGGUAAACAGAGGAACUGGACAUACUACAAGAAUCUCAAAGAGCCUUCUUCUUGUUGUUGAUUUUGAAGCCAGAGAUGCUGGAAACUACAUUUGUGUAGCUCAGAACCUACAAGGAGAAACAACAGUAGCUACUAAAGUUGAACUAUAUUGAUAGGAAAGAUUUCUGGGCCUGGACUAAACUGUGUAUUACUUGACAUUAUAGCCAUUAAUUUUCUUUAUUAAUGUUUCAAUGAAGCUUCUCUCUCACUAACAGUAGUGAGUUGGGAGCUAAUGAAACUACUACAAAGCACUGAAGUUUAAGCCUGAACAUGCAUGGGGCAUGUUGUAUUUAGGAAUAAGUGCUCUUGGGCUUUCCUUUGCAUAGGUCAGCCUGCUGUGUGGUGCUUGCAAUUUUAAUAAUGACAGUACUGUACGUGUUUAAAACAACAACAAAAAAAGAACAAAAAAACACUUGAUACAAAAUGAACUAAUACCAGAUGUUUAUUUUGCAAGAAUAAU